AUGAAAACUACAAAAUUAGCUUAAACUGUGUUGCUUAGUGAUGGAAAUAAGAUUCCUAUUAUAGGGCUUGGGACAUUUUUGACUACUAAUAAGGAUUAAAUGACAGACCUUAUUAGAACUGCAUUAAACGUAGGCUAUCGUCAUUUUGACACUGCUAAAGUUUAUGAAAAUGAAGUUUAUAUUGGUGAAGCAUUCUAAUAGAUUUUUAGCGAAGGAGUCUAUAAAAGAGAAGAUAUUUUCUUAGUAUCUAAAAUAAUGUCCAAUAAAAAUGAAGUUGUUAGUGAUGUUAUAAGAUAAACUUUAAAAGAUCUUUAGGUAGAGUAUUUAGACUUGCUUUACUUACACUGGUCAUUUACUCCACCUUCAGAUUAGCUAGAAUGGAAUCACAAGCCAGUCCAUCAAGUUUGGGCCGAGUUAGAAGAAGUCUAAAAGAAAGGCUAAACAAAAUCUUUGGGAGUCUCUAACUUUAAUGUUUAAGGAUUAGUUGAUUUGCUUUCAUAUGCAAAAAUUAAACCUGUCUCAUUAUAAGUAGAACUUCAUGUUUUUCUUUAACAAAAUAGACUCAUCGAAUUUUGUAAAAGAGCUAAUAUACAUGUCACUGCUUACUCACCCCUAGCUAGAUAUACAGAAGUUAUAAAUAACUAGGUCCUAAAUAACAUAGCAAAAAAAUAUGGUGUUCCAGUAACUUAGAUUUUACUUGCUUUUCUUAUUUAGUAAGGAAUAUCUGUAAUUCCAAAAACUGAAAAAUCAUUUAGAUUAAAGGAGAAUUUUGAUGCAAUUAACAUAACUUUAGAAUAAAACGAUGUUGAAGAACUUAAAAAAUUGGAUAUAAAUCACAGAACUAUAUAACCAGCCACAUUUUAGCCAUUUUAAUUUAUACCUAUAUUUGAUUGA